CUAUUUGUUUAUUAGGGAUAUGUUAAUAUUUUUAUUAGAAAACAAGACAGCGUGAGGUGGAGAACAUGCAUGCAAGAUCAAAUUGAAGUCAUAUAUAUUUACGUAACAAGUUUACUUGAACCCCAUGCAAGUCCCAUGCACUCAAACCCUUCUAUAUAAACCCCUCCAAGUUCAUCAUCCAGUCAUAAUCAAAUUAGCCAUUACACAAACUACAAAGUCUCUCAACCAUGGCAGUUCCAAAAGCUCACUACUCUCUAGCCAUCCUUGUCAUUCUCUUUGUCGUUUCAAAUUGCCAAAAUGCCUGCAAUCCAGAAUGCAAGGCUAAAGAACCCUUCAACUGCGAUAAUUCUCUUACCUUCAACCGAACUGGAUUUCCAAAGAACUUUACUUUCGGUGCAGCUACUUCCGCGUACCAGAUUGAGGGUGCUGCACAUAGAGCCCUUAAUGGAUGGGACUACUACACUCAUAGAUAUCCAGAAAGGGUUCCAGAUCGCAGCUCCGGAGACGUUGCUUGUGAUUCGUAUGAUCUUUACAAGGAGGAUGUCAAAUUACUGAAAAGAUUGAAAGUUCAAGCAUACCGACUCUCCAUAGCCUGGUCAAGGGUCUUACCAAAGGGAAGACUGACUGGAGGAGUGGACGAGAACGGGAUAGCAUACUACAACAAUCUCAUUAACGAGUUAAAAGCUAAUGGCAUAGAGCCAUUUGUGACUAUAUUUCAUUGGGAUGUUCCCCAAACUCUAGAAGACGAGUACGGAGGCUUCUUAAGCCCGCGUAUAGUAGAGGACUUCAAGAACUAUGCGGAGCUUCUAUUCCAAAGAUUCGGAGACAGAGUCAAGUUUUGGAUCACUCUAAACCAGCCUUACUCUCUCUCAUCCAAAGGUUAUGGAGAUGGAUCAUAUCCACCGGGAAGGUGCACUGGCUGUGAAUUUGGAGGUGAUUCUGGAACCGAACCUUAUAUAGUCACGCAUCACCAACUUCUAGCCCAUGCAGAAGCUGUAUCUUUAUACCGAAAAAGAUAUCAGAAAUUUCAAGGUGGUAAGAUAGGAACGACCUUGAUCGGGAGAUGGUUUGCCCCGCUAAACGAAACUAGCGAUCUCGACCAGGCUGCUGCAAGACGAGCAUUCCAAUUCUUCGUUGGAUGGUUCUUGGAUCCAUUGGUGUACGGAGAAUAUCCAACGAUAAUGAGAGAACUCGUUGGAGACAGAUUGCCAAAAUUCACACCGCAAGAAUCAGAUUUAGUUAAGGGAUCACUUGAUUUUCUAGGGCUGAACUAUUAUGUUACACAAUAUGCAAGCGACGCAUCUCCUCCUCCUCAGACACACCCUAGCGUCUUAACCGAUCCACGAGUUACUCUUGGAUAUUAUCGCAAUGGAGUACCUAUCGGUGUUGAGUCUCCAAGCUUUGUCUACUAUCCUCCAGGGUUUCGUCAGAUUCUAAAUCAUAUCAAAGACAACUACCAAAACCCACUUACCUACAUCACCGAAAACGGAGUUGCUGAUUAUGGAAACUUAACGGUAGCAAAUGCUCUUGCUGAUAACGGACGAAUUCAAAAUCAUUGCAGCCAUCUUUCAUGUCUCAAAUGCUCCAUCGAGGAUGGUUGCAACGUAGCAGGUUAUUUUGCUUGGUCAUUGAUGGACAAUUAUGAAUUUGGAAAUGGUUACACUCUCCGGUUUGGUAUGAAUUGGGUCAAUUUCACUAAUCCUGCUGAUCGAAGAGAAAAAGAUUCUGGGAAAUGGUAUUCUAGGUUCGUCGCAAAAUAAGGGGAAUUGAUAGACAAAAAUCAACCCCAUAUGUAUCCAACCUUUAAUCCACUAAGUACUGGACAAUAUAAAUUAUGUUCUUCAACUUAUAAAAGCUUAUGUGCUGUGUGUUGUUAAUAAUGUUGUAAUAAUUGGACCUUAACUCUUGGCCAAAUCAUAAAUAUAUAAAAACAUUUAUAUAACGUGCGUUGUACUUAUAGCUUGUACUUUGUUUUAUUUACCUUUCCCAAGCAUAACAUCUCAUCAUCUAGGACAUGCAUGCUCUUUUUUUUUGUUUUGGUAAAAACUACGAGAUGCUCUUAUUUGAUCAUUACCACUUUUUUUUAACAAAAUAGCCAAACCAAGGAUAUGCUGUCUAAUUUAAGUGCCAAAUCAUAUCAUUUUGUGUUAUUUUACUCCUCUCGUUUAUUUUCAAUUUCUAGAAAAUGUUAUUUUACCCGACCACAGAAACGCCACACAUAGCUUCUCUAUUAUUUCCAGACAUGAAAUAUGGAGGUGAAACAGUGUACCAAAAUUUUGUCAUGCUAAUAAUAAUUGAUUGUAUAAGAUGCAUCCGUCCUGAAAUACUAGCGACUAGUAAGUUUCUUCAUGCUUCUUAUUGCAAUUGGGAGUCCUAAAUAUCUGAGCGGGAGUUAGUCAAUAAGAAUUUCAAGUGAGGUUGCUAUUUCUGGCAUGAAGAUCAUUAUGUGUCUUCCCAGCCAUGUGUAUAAAAUAUUUUAUUCAUGCUUAUGGCUAAACCCCAAACACUUGUGAAGAAACAUUUUCAAAGAGAAGACGGCAUCCUUCUAUGAGGCAGUCUAAUUGUUUAAAACUUUCAUUUAUAUAUAUAUGUGUAUAUAUAAAUGUUUUUUUAUAGAUUUCAGCCGACCAAAUUAAUGAACUUUCAUUUCACCUUUCAAACUAAUACAUAUAUAUUAUAUGUGGUAUAUCAUAUGAGAAUUUAUUAUAACAUAUAUUGUGCAAAUUAUUCUUAUAGCACAUUAGUUUAAAUAAUAAGUAAAAUUAUCUAAAAUUUAUUCAACCUAUUUAUACGUGAUAUUAAGUUUUAAAGCUAUUUUGAAUACACUAUUGAUUUUAGCUUAUAUCAAAUCAAUAAUUUACUCAAUUUUUAUCAUUCGACUGCUAUGUAUAUGCAAAAACAAUAGUUAUUAAAUAUUGUGUUCCAAAAAAAAGACGAUUAAAUAUAAACCUCAACAAUUUUUUUCCUAAUGUAAUUGUAUACCUUGAUCGAUGAUUAAAAUAGAUGGUGCAAAAUUUUGAAAUUUACUUUCAAAAUAAUCAAAAUUAAGUUUACAUUUGAAUUAACUUAUUCCUAUUGAAACUUACUUUAAAACAAAACUAACUUCAACAUAAUACGAGCAAUAAACUUGAUUUAGGUAUUUAUUUACAAUAAAACCAGAAUAUCAUGUUCGUAGAUGUUAUAAUAAUAGUUAAACGUUAAUUAUACUAAUACAGUCCCUUAGAAUAGGGUUUGAAGUUUUGUAUUCGACAAAUCAUAUUUUGCUUAGGAAACAAAGAUUGGGGCAUUAAUUAUGAGUAGUAUACAUUACACUAACGUAACCUGAAUCAGAACUUCGUUAAGAAAUCUUGUAAAUCGAAUUGCACAAUAGAUGAUACGUAGUCUUAGAUCCGAUUAAAAAAUUACAAUAUUAACUAUAGCUAAGAAACAUAUAUUCUGAAGCAUAUAUCUACAGGUACAUAUCUUUAUAACGCCCCGACCCGUCCACGGCUAAUGGGCCACCCACGCCCGCUCUCUCGGCCCGUGGGCCCCAUCCCAUCUGACGGCCGGUCGUUAAUUUUCCAAGGUCCGAAAUCAUUGUUUACUGACCCUGCAAUCACCACCCGACCUUUCCCCGUGCUUUGGCCUCACUCACACGCUAUCGCGAAUCACUUCCCGAUAGGUCACCCAUCCUUCCACUACUCCAGUUCAAGCACGCUUAACUCUGGAGUUCUUUCAGGAUGUGCUCCGGAAAAGGUAAGUCAACUUUGGUGACAUAGGUAGCCAAAUCAAUUCUCUUAAG